CUAUAUAUAUACCCUUUAGGGUUAGGGCUUGCAAUAAGAACCUAAAAGCUAGCUCUCCCUCCCUCAGCCUUCCCCGGCCCUCAACCUCUCCUCUCCUCUUCUCUUUUUUGCUAAGUUUUGUUUGAGCUCGGCCAACAAAUUCCGCAAUUGUUGCAUGCCCUUUCAAGGAUUCAAAGAAAAAAGAAGAGGGUAUAGAAGAAUAGCGACUCGCAAAAUGAGGAAGCGGCAAGUGGUGGUAAGAAGAGAAGAACCAUCUUCUAGACGGUCUUCUUCUUCAUCUUUCACCGUUAGGAGUGUUAGAUAUGGAGAGUGCCAAAAGAAUCAUGCUGCUGAUGUUGGAGGUUAUGCUGUUGAUGGGUGCAGAGAGUUCAUGGCUAGUGGAGAGGAAGGCACAGAUGCUGCACUAACUUGUGCUGCUUGUGGCUGCCACAGGAACUUCCACAGAAGAGAACUGGAGACUGAGUUUCUAGGGUUGAUGGAAUUCACAAAACCUCCUCUGUAUAUUUACGUGUGAAGUCGAAGAAAGAAAAGAGGAAAAUUGAAGAGUGUGGUGUGUAAUAUAUGAACAAAGAACACCAUAGCAAAUUGGUGGUAUUAAGAUGAAUUAGCUCUAUUAGGCUUCACAAAACUGGAGCCAGUAAUUAAGGUUCAUGAUUCCGGAGUUAUCAUGUUUUCGAAUCAUCAUUUCACCAAAGCUAGCUAGAAAGAUUGGGAAUUUGAUGAUGAAGGAUAAUGGUUUCUCAUGUGUGAUUUUUGUCAAAUCAGUGUGUCGAUGCCAAAUAAAUAUAUAAUUAAAUAAUUUCUUGUGUCA